AUCUUAGCAGACUGGUUCACCAGGGCCCGUUUCAGAAAGCAAAGUAUUAGAGUCUGACUUCCCAGUUUCUGACCACACACAGACGAGUUUAGACAUUUUGUAACAGUGAAAAUUAAGGGGAAGUGACCACGUAUACAUUUAUAUAAGCCUCUGAGCUUCACAGUCAGUCGGUGUCUUUAUCAGCUCUGCUGCAGUUUGAUCAUUUGAACAAGAAGAAAGUUUAAUCAGCUCAUUAAAAACCUAAGGAUGGCAGUUUGGGACAAAAAGGUUCCCUGGGGCUUCCUGUUAAUGCUGACUGGUGCUGUGGGUCAGAGUGUGAACUAUCCAGCUCCUGUUUGUGCUGUGACAGGAUCGACCGUCACCCUCCUCUGCACCUUCACACCUCUGAGGUUUGUCGGUCAGGAUGGAAGAGAAGUUUCUACAGAGAUCAUCAGAGUCGUCUGGUGCCAGAACCAUCAGAUUUGUCAGGGCUCUACCCCGUCUGUGUUUGACAGCAGUUCAGGAAACAACAACCCUCGUUACAAAUACCUGGGAGACAAGAAGGGAAACUGCACUUUACAGAUCACAGAUGUACAGAAGGAAGACGAGGCAACUCUUCGCAUCAGAAUAGAGGCUGAUGACAGCAGAGCACAUUUUACUGGACAACCAGGAGUGAACGUCACUGUCUCUGAUGGGACUAGAAUGGAGAUAAAGAGCUCCAGAGGAGACGGAGAGCUGAGAAGAGGUGAAAACGUCACUCUGUACUGCACUGCACUCUGUACCUUCCACCAACUGAACGUCACCUGGUUCAGAGAUGGCCACGCCCUCUCAGAGUCUGGCCCCGCCCUCCAGCUCGGCCCCCUGACUGCAGGGGAUUCUGGGAACUACACCUGUGGUUUGAAGGUGAACGUCAGCAGCCUCUCCCUGCCGUACAGCCUGCAGGUGGAGGAAGAAGGAUCCAACAGUGGAUCAGUUGACCCUCUGCUGAUUGCUCGUCUGGUUUUCUUCACUCUGCACUCUGUGCUCAUUGUCAUAGUGGCAUCCGUCAUCAUCAAAAGGACGUGUUUGCAGGGAAGCAGCAGCAAGUGCUGAAAGACGCGACGGUGCAGCCUCCAGACUCUGUGGAGCAGCUGUGACGUCCAGACGGCCGAGGCCAGACUGUCUGACACCCUCACACCAUCAUGUCGGUCCCUGUUUUACAGCAGGAAUGUCUUUUAAAUGUUCAGUGUAUUUAUGUGAAUGCAGCUAAAGUCCACUGUUUACCUGUUUUGGCAGUUUCAGUUUCUGGGGCCUCAUGUAUAAAAGGCUGUGCAGCUUUCAUACUAAAAGAUGGCGUACUCUCAGAAUUUGUAUCUAAGCACAGAAAAAUGUAUAAAUAAAAUGUAUAAAACCAGGCGUA